UCACAGACCUCAUGGUUUAUUACUAUAAUACUGAUGGGUCAACUGUUAAUCCCAGACCUCAUGGUUUAUUACUAUAAUACUGAAUAUUCAUGUCUUUCCUUGUCUACAGUCAAAUUGAAAAGGGAAGUGAAGCGUGAUGCCCUGUUUGUGGACAGACACAAGGAUUACCUCAUUCAGAAUGUUACCACGGUGAUUCCCACAGCAUUUUACUUGAUCCAUUCUAAGAUGUACUCAAAGAUCCGUGCUGCCAGGACCAGCCAGGAACAGAUGAGACUGUUGUACGAGGCUCUAGACUCAGGAAGGGACAAGAUUAAAUCAACAUUUUACAGGAUUCUACUGGAUCUGGAACCUCACCUUGUCAAAGACCUGGGUGCCAAAUUUGUGGACGACCAUAAGGAUCAACUCAUUCAGAUGGUUACCAAGGUGAUGCCCAUCUUUAAUGAGCUGUUCUAUGAGGAGGUGUGGUAUAACAUCAGGGUCAACCAGAUGAACAGCCAGGACCAGAUGAAACUGUUGUUCCAGGCCCUAGAAGAAGCAGGAGACACAAGAACAGAAAAGGUGAAAUCAGACUUUUACAGGAAUCUGCUGGAUCUGGAACCUGACCUUGUCAUCGACCUGGAGAAAGACAGAAGAGGGAAGGAGGAGCUCAGAAAAGAGAAAGAGGAGCUCAGAAAAGAGAAAGAUGAACUCAAAGAAGAGCUGAGGAAAGCUAAAGAGAUUAUCCAAUCCCUCUCCACCUCUCCAGGUGGUCAACAGAAAACACAGACUCCUUCCCAAAAGUCUGAGGGGAUUGAAGGGGUGGAGAUGGAGUCUUUACCAGGGAGGAAGUCUGGUCCUGGUCCAGGGAGGAAGUCUGCUCCUGGUCCAGGGAGGGAGUCUGCUCCUGAGAUGAAGCCUUUACUGGCUGCUGGACCACAGAAGGAUGAUCUGGAUGAUCUGGAGAGGGGAGGAAGAGUUACUACAGAAUUUAACUAUAGAGAGACAAUACCUUCAGGGAGGAAGUCUGCUCCUGAGAUGAAGCCUUUACUGGCUGCUGGACCACAGAAGGAUGAUCUGGAUGAUCUGGAGAGGGGAGGAAGAGUUACUACAGAAUUUAACUAUGUGCUAUAGGGUUACUAUAGAGAGAUUAUAACUAUAGAGCUGAGUUACUAUAGAGAGACUAUAACUAUAGAGCUGAGUUACUAUAGAGAGACUAUAACUAUAGAGCUGAGUUACUAUAGAGAGACUAUAACUAUAGAGCUGAGUUACUAUA